CCCAUUCCCAGCGCAGGGAAGUCCCAGCUGCUCCAACCUUGCCCUGUGAACCCUCAGGGUGCAGCAGUGUUCUCACCAGGAGAGUGGAGCAGCUCUAGCACAGUAGGCCAAGUGCCACCAUCUGGAUGCCCAGAGGCUGCGGGAACCAAGGCGGGAUGUGAGGACUGCAAGUGUCUGGCUGGCCUGGCCUGGAUGCAAAGGAAUACGCUGGCAGCGCAGUGAGCAAGGCUGAUGGUGGAGUGGUUCAGGCCCCAUGUUGCUGCAGGCAGAGGGCGACCCUCUCCAGCCCUGCCUGUCAGGCUCACAGAGGCCUGAGGCCUAGGCCCAGAGGGAAACGUGUCAGCAGACAGAUGCUCCCCAGGCCGUGGGGUGUCCUGAGUGGACUGCUAGGAGGCUGUGCCAGAGGUGGAGGAUGCCGGCCAAGGGGCGCUACUUCCUCAAUGAGAGCGAGGAGGGCCCAGACCAGGAUGCGCUCUAUGAGAAGUACCGCCUCACCAGCCAGCACGGGCCGCUGCUGCUCACACUCCUGUUGGUGGCCAUCGCUGCCUGCACCGCCCUCCUCGUCAUCGCCUUCACCUCUGAGGACCCCUCUGGACUCCAGGCUGUCCUGGGGACAGUGUUCUUGACACUUGCUGUGUUUGUGGUUCUCUACGUGCUGGUGUAUGUUGAGUGCCUCGUCCGGCGGUGGCUCAGGGCCUCAGCCCUGCUCAUCUGGGUCUGCCUUUUGACACUGGGCUACAUGCUGGUGUUCGACUCGUGGAAGAAGAAAGCCUGUGCGUGGGAGCAGGUGCCCUUCUUCCUGUUCAUCGUCUUUGUGGUGUACACGCUGCUGCCCUUCAGCAUGCACGGAGCUGUGGUAGUAGGGGUCAUCUCCAGCACCUCCCACCUCCUGGUGCUUGGCGCUCUGAUGGGGGGCUUCUCAACGCCCAGCGUCCCGAUGGGGCUGCAGCUGCUGGCCAAUGCUAUCAUCUUCCUGUGUGGGAACCUCACCGGCGCCUUCCACAAGCACCAGAUGCAGGACGCCUCCCGUGACCUCUUCACCUACACUGUGAAGUGCAUUCAGAUCCGUCGAAAGCUUCGCAUUGAGAAGCGCCAGCAGGAGAACCUGCUGCUGUCAGUGCUGCCCGCCCACAUCUCCAUGGGCAUGAAGCUGGCCAUCAUCGAGCGGCUCAAGGAGCGUGGGGACCGCCGCUACAUGCCCGACAACAACUUCCACAGCCUCUACGUAAAGCGGCACCAGAACGUCAGCAUUCUCUACGCUGAUAUUGUGGGCUUCACGCAGCUGGCCAGCGACUGCUCUCCCAAAGAGUUGGUAGUGGUGCUGAAUGAGCUCUUCGGCAAGUUCGACCAGAUUGCCAAGGCCAAUGAGUGCAUGCGGAUCAAGAUCCUGGGGGACUGCUACUACUGCGUGUCAGGCCUGCCUGUGUCCCUGCCCACCCAUGCCAGGAACUGCGUGAAGAUGGGGCUGGACAUGUGUGAGGCCAUUAAGCAGGUGCGGGAAGCCACGGGUGUGGACAUCAGCAUGCGUGUGGGUAUACACUCGGGGAACGUGCUGUGUGGUGUCAUCGGGCUGCACAAGUGGCAGUAUGAUGUGUGGUCCCAUGACGUGUCCCUGGCCAACAGGAUGGAGGCGGCUGGAGUCCCUGGCCGUGUACACAUCACCGAGGCAACGCUGAACCACCUGGACAAGGCGUAUGAGGUGGAGGACGGGCAUGGGCAGCGGCGAGACCCCUACCUGAAAGAGAUGAAUAUCCGUACCUACCUGGUCAUUGAUCCCCGGAGCCAGCAGCCACCCCCGCCCAGCCAGCACCUCCCCAAGCCCAAGGGGGAUGCUGCCCUGAAGAUGCGGGCGUCUGUGCGCAUGACCCGCUACCUGGAGUCCUGGGGGGCUGCGCGGCCCUUUGCCCACCUCAGCCACCGUGAGAGCGUGAGCAGCAGUGAGACUGCUGUCCCCACCAGCCGGAGGCCGAAGGCCAUUCCCCUGAGGCGCCACCGGACUCCUGAUAGGGGACCCAUCUGUUUCUCCACUAUCCUGUGCAAGGCUUUGGGGCCUCCUGCAGGCCCCUGGGGACCCCACUUGGGGGAGUCAUCUUGUCCGCACCCCUGCCUCUGGGCAGGUGGAUGUGGCCCCUGGGUGGUGCAGUCGUGGAUGCCUGAUUCUAGAAGCGCAUCCCCCAAGGGGCGGUCGGAGGACGACUCAUAUGAUGAUGAGAUGCUCUCAGCCAUUGAGGGGCUCAGCUCCACGAGGCCCUGCUGCACCAAGUCCGAUGACUUCUACUCCUUUGGGUCCAUCUUCCUGGAGAAGGGCUUUGAGCGGGAGUACCGCCUGGCACCCAUCCCCCGGGCCCGCCGUUACUUCGCCUGCGCCAGCCUCGUUUUCGUCUGCAUCCUGCUCAUCCAUGUUCUGCUCAUGCCCAGGAUGGCGACUCUAGGUGUGUCCUUUGGGCUGGUGGCCUGUGUGCUGGUGCUGGUGCUAGGCCUGUGCUUCGCUGAUGAGUUUUUGAGCUGUUGCCCAGCCUGGGGGAUGCUCCAGGCCAUCUCCGAGAGGGUGGAGACACAGCCCCUGCUGCGGGUGUCCUUGGCCGUCCUGACCAUUGGCAGUCUGCUCACCAUUGCUAUCGUCAACCUGCCGCUGAUGCCGUUCCCACCACUGGGGCUGUCUCCCGGCAACAAGACGAGCCUGAGCGCUACGAACGGCUGGGACAGGAUGCUGUGCGACCUCCUCCAGUAUUAUACCUGCAGCUGCAUCCUGGCCUUCCUCGCCUGCUCUGUCUUCCUGCGGAUGAGCCUGGAGCCGAAGGUCGUGCUGUGGACAGUGGCCUUGGUGGCCUACCUGGUGCUCUUCACCAUGUCGCCAUGCUGCCAGUGGGACUGCUGCGUACACAGCUGGGGCAACCUCACCGAGAUCAACGGUACCCGCAGCUCCCCAUGCGGUUUAUGGAGGGACCUGAGGAUGAUGAUCAUUUUCUACCUGGUUCUGUUUUAUACCACCCUCCUCAUGCUCUCCAGACAGAUCGACUAUUACUGCCGCUUGGAUUGUCUGUGGAAGAAGAAGUUCAAGAAGGAACACGAGGAGUUCGAAACCAUGGAGAAUGUCAACCGCCUUCUUCUGGAGAAUGUCCUGCCAGCGCACGUAGCCGCCCACUUCAUUGGUGACAAGUUAAAUGAGGACUGGUACCAUCAGUCCUAUGACUGCGUGUGUGUCAUGUUUGCGUCUGUGCCGGACUUCAAAGUGUUCUACACGGAGUGCGACGUCAACAAGGAAGGGCUGGAGUGCCUGCGUCUGUUGAAUGAGAUCAUCGCCGACUUUGAUGAGCUGCUGCUAAAGCCCAAGUUCAGCAGCGUGGAGAAGAUCAAGACCAUCGGCAGCACAUAUAUGGCAGCUGCAGGGCUCAGUGUCCCCUCAGGGCAUGAGACUCAGGACCUGGAGCGGCAGCAUGCCCACAUUGGUAUCAUGGUGGAGUUCAGCAUCGCCCUGAUGAGCAAGCUGGAUGGCAUCAACAGGCACUCGUUCAACUCGUUCCGCCUCCGAGUCGGCAUAAACCACGGACCUGUGAUUGCUGGAGUGAUUGGAGCACGAAAACCUCAGUAUGACAUCUGGGGAAACACAGUCAACGUGGCCAGCCGCAUGGAGAGCACUGGAGAACUUGGGAAAAUCCAGGUUACUGAAGAGACAAGUACUGUCCUCCAGGGACUAGGUUAUUCUUGUGAAUGCCGUGGACUGAUCAAUGUCAAAGGCAAAGGCGAACUGAGGACUUACUUUGUCUGUACAGAUACUGCCAAGUUUCAAGGGUUGGGGCUGAACUGAGGGCUUCUGGUAGCUGCAGAACAUGCUGGAAGCUGACCUCCCCCGAGUAGGCAGAGGGCAAGACUCAGCCCCAUGCGAGUAUGAAGGCGCCCUGACGGUUUGGCAUCACCACCCCGACGGAGGGCUGGAUUCAACACUGGAGGUGUGCUGGCAUGUACACCAGACUCCGGUUCGAGGUGACCAGUGAGCCUGCCUUGCACAGGCAGCCAGAGCCUCUGUACCUCUGGAGUCUGCAGUGCGGCCCCCAGCACGGCAGGACGAGGCCCACUUACCUUUUACAUCCUCAUUCCCCUGGUGCUGUGGAGGGGAUCUUAAGAGCAUGACCUGAACACACAUCCCCCUCGUGGCCUGUGAGCUGCAUCAGUGCGAUGUGUCAGAUGUGUCUCCUCUAGGUACAGGACUAUGACAUGUUGUCUAGGAUGGGUUGGGGACUUGUUUCUCCUUGAACUAGCUACAGGAUUCUGUAUUUUGGCUAAAAAGGGUGGUUCCAAUCCAUAAAUGGUUUCAGACAUUAGGGAGGAAAGCCACAAAGGACAGAGUUAUUAUACCUUUUCCCACUUCUGACAUGUAUGUUUUCCAUGGAUACAUUAAUGGAGGCUCUAUCCUUUUUAAUGACCUCUUAGAUGAUAGGCAAAAUUUUUUCCCUCCAGUCUAUUCUUUGCCUUUUUAACCACUGACAUAUAAGUAGGACUACUGCCCAGUACCAGCUUAUGGGAUGAGUCCAGCUGGGGGCAGAGGCUCUGAGGAAUGUGGCUCACGGCAAGGUGAGGAACGGUGUAGCGUUGGCUUGACUCAUACAGACAUGGAGCUAGCAUUUUGAGGAACAGUUCAAUAAGUGAAGAAUCUGUAAAAUUAGGCAUAUAAUCUCUUAGCCCUUCCCUGACUACUCAUGCAUUGUUUUCUAGUGCUCCUCUACAAUUGGCAGCUCUAUCCCAGUUUUUAUACUGGAAGGGAAUGGAGUCUGCACGGAGAGAAUCUGGACCACCUGUAGUACUUCUUUCCUCUCCUCUCCAUAGUCCUCACAGCCAUGUCUGAAGAGCUUCAGAACAGAAAGGAUGCACUCAACUCAGCGUAAGCGUGUAUAUAGGUUUUGCACCUGGGAAGCCAGCCUCUCGUAAGUGCUCUUCUGUCUGUUCUGAACCAAAUGAAUCAAGGCAAGCACAAUAAGCAAGUUUGUGGGAUGGCGUCUUCUAGUGCUUCAGCCCCAAAACAAUCAAGUCAACCUGCGUUUCAAGGGGAGGAGUAACCAAACUGCCCAUUCCCUCUUUUUCUGAACUGACUUCACUGCCUCACAACCAGAGUAUUCCCAGGAUUUCAAAUACAGUUGAAUUUCACUAUAUAGCAGGGUGUCUUAGCUGGAAGUCACCUGUAACCCCCGAUACUAUAGAGAUGUACAGGCUUGCCAACAGGUGGGCUGGGAUGCGCUGUGCCCUGGCUGCAGAGGACGGGCGUGUGCAGCCAAUGGCAGGGAGGCGCUGCCAAUGAACCUGCUGUCUGCUGGUGCCGUGUUUCACUUUGGGGCUUAUCAGCCCUAGAAUGGGGCUUAUUCUAAUUUGCACAAAGGUUCUGAGUUGGCCUGUGGCAGCUCUGAUGCACUGCAUGCAACUGGAAUAGGUACGAAUAAAUUGCAAGUAUUCAUUGUAUAAAGGGAUGUCAUGGCAAAAGUGCUGGUAAGGGAAUAGCCUUACACACCGACUUCCCACAUUCAGGUGAGUACUGUACUGAAAGUUAAUACUCUUAAAAGUGGCGACCAGGGCUGCUCAGCAGGGCUCUUCUGGGAAGUCAGGAAGGUUCUGUUGCUCAAAUAGUGUAAACACAUCAGUGAGCCUGGGCCUCUGUGAGGUGGACCUGUUUAUGCUCUUGCAAUAUUCAAGUUAUUUUUUUCUCCAGCAACAGAAAUCUCAAUUGGGAACCAUUUAUGUAUUUUUCUUUAUUGCCAAUUAAACAUUACUAAGGUAAGAAUAUUUUGUAAGUUUUUAGUUUUGAUAUUCAGAUCACAGUGUAUAACUGACAAUAAAAAUCACUUGCAGUUAUUUUUUUAAAAUGCUUUCCAAUUAUUAAGCCAUUUCUUUAUAGGUAUCACUUUGUUUUUGACAGGACAGUUAUCUUUUCUAACACUGACCUUCUCUAUUGGUCAAGGACUUAAAAGUUUCUACUGAGGUGGCCUCACUGACUCUAGUGAAAAUCAUACUGGAGGUUUUUUGUUUUAGUUAUUAAGAAAUUUUUCUAACAGAGAAGAUCAUUAACCAUUAUACAGAUUAUGUAUAUAAUAGGUCAGUGUACAGAAAUAUGCUUUGAGAAGGUACAUGCAGAAAACUAGGGGUUAUUCUGUAUACUGAGUAUUUAUAGAUCUGUAAUAUUUGUUUCAAAAUUUUAUUUCAUUUUUACAAAGUACCAGUGUUUCUACUGUUUAGCUUUUCAUAUAUUAAAAUAGCAAUUUGGAAAACA